UCCGGUUCCGGGUCAACGUGAAUGACUGCUCGCUGACUGCUCUUGUUGCAAAAAAGCUAACUAGCUAGCUGCUAAGCUAACGAGGCUAGCGGAGAAAGGCAGCGCCGGUCUGAAGGAAGCUACUCCCCCGCCACCGUGACCACCACUUCCUGAAGACAGCUGGCACUCCACUCGGCGACGGAAAGUUUCUGUGAGUAUGGCUUCCCGCGCUUCGUGCACUUUACUCAUGAAUAGGUUGGCUUUGCUAGAGAGCCGUGUCCGCCAGUUAGAGCAGUGUAAUUUCGUAACUUUAGAUGUUGCGGACACAUCUGCUAGCGUUAGCUGUAGUGAGCGAACUAGCCCAGCUUGUAGCAGCCCUAAGCGGCCUACAAGCUACGGUGUACCGGUUGAGACGCAUAACAGAUUUAGCCCUUUAGCUAGUCCUACACCCCAGUCUACCGGGCACCACACUUUAGUCAUAGGGGACUCCAUCACCCGAAACAUAAAGCUUAGCAAACACGCCACAAUUAAGUGUAUUCCCGGGGGCAGAGCACCUGACAUUGAAGCUAAUCUUAGGGAGCUAACUCGCAACAGGCCUAGUAAGCACGUACGACAGGCUAACCGCACCACUAGUUAUGCGAAUAUAGUAAUACACGUUGGCUUCAAUGACGUUAGGAUGAGACAAUCAGAGAUUACAAAGAGAAACAUAGCCAGGGCUCGUAAUCUCGCUAGAAAGAUGUCCAGGCAUCGAGUAAUUGUCUCUGGCCCCCUGCCUGGGAGAGGCAAUGAUGAGAGAUAUAGCAGAUUAGUCACUCUUAACAAGUGGCUGGAUAGCUUCUGUAGACAACAGGGAUUUACGUUUAUUGAUAAUUGGCCCUCUUUCUGGGGCAAACCUGGCUUGCUGAGGAGAGACGGCCUUCACCCUAACCAGGAAGGUGCCAUCCUCUUGUCUCGGAACAUAGAUUUCGCAUUGAGCCACAUUUGAUUAACUGCACUAGAGCAAGCCCGGUCACAGGCAAUUACAGAGCCUGCUAGCAUGGGUAUGGAGUCAGUUAAGUUAGAACUAGCCAGCGCCAGGCUGGAUGAUCCCUGUACACAUAGCAAUUUUCUUAGAAUAAUACACAACUCACAUAAUGUUUUUUCUGCUAUGACUACGACUACGUCAGAGUUAGACAUGCGUUCUACUGAGGUGGCAAAUUAUGAUGCGUUCAGUUUAUCGCAGCACCAAGUAGACAAUCUGAAAAUUCCCGUCAUAUCAAUUCCUAGAUAUGGCCGUAAUUAUUUUAAGUACACUGCGCAUAAUAAACGCAACAUUAUUAAUAUUGCUACUACGGAUAAUUUUAUCAACAACUCCUUAAAACAGCCCACUACCUAUAAUAUGGGCUUUCUAAACAUCAGAUCUUUGUCUCCCAAAACGUUAUUAGUUAAUGAGGUCAUUAGAGACAACAACCUUAACGUCAUCGGUCUUAGCGAAACCUGGCUUAAACCAGACGACUUUUUUGCGAUAAAUGAGGCAUCCCCUCCUAACUAUACGAAUGCGCAUUUUGCCCGUCCCCUUAAAAGGGGAGGGGGGUCGCACUAAUAUACAACAAAAACUUUAACUUUAGUCCUAACUUAAAUAAUAAAUAUAAAUCGUUUGAGGUGCUUUCUAUGAAGUCUGCCACACCGCUGCCUCUGUGCCUGGCUGAUAUCUACCGCCCCCCAGGGGCCUAUUCGGAAUUUAUUAGUGAAUUCUCAGAGUUUGUUGCUGAUCUAGAGACGCACGCCGAUAAUAUAAUUAUAAUGGGGGACUUUAAUAUCCAUAUGAAUACCCCAUUGGACCCACCGUGCGUGGCGCUCCAGACUAUAAUUGAUAGCUGUGGUCUUACACAAAUAAUAAAUGAACCGACGCAUCGCAGCGGUAAUACGAUAGACCUAGUGCUUGUCAGAGGUAUCACCGUUUCCAAAGUUAUGAUACUCCCGUAUACUAAAGUAAUGUCCGAUCAUUACCUUAUAAAAUUCGAAGUUCAGACUCAUGUUCGGCAAGCUAAUAAUAAUAAUAACUGCUAUAGCAGCCGCAACAUUAAUGCUGCCACAACGACGACUCUUGCUGACCUAUUACCCUGGUUAAUGGCACCAUUCCCAAAGUAUGUGGGCUCUAUUGAUAACCUCACUAACAACUUUAACAACGCCCUGCGCGAAACUAUUGAUAGUAUAGCACUGCUGAAGUUAAAAAAGGCUCCAAAAAGGCGUACGCCAUGGUUUACUGAAGAAACUAGAGCUCAGAAAUUAUUAUGUAGAAAGCUGGAACGCAAAUGGCGCACGACUAAACUUGAGGUCCACCAUCAAGCAUGGAGUGAUAGUUUAAUAACUUAUAAACGCAUGCUUACCUUAGCUAAAACUAAUUAUUACUCAAAUCUCAUCCGCAUUAAUAAAAACGAUCCAAAAUUUUUGUUUAGUACAGUAGCAUCGCUAACCCAACAAGGGACUCCUUCCAGUAGCUCCACCCAUUCGGCAGAUGACUUUAUGAAGUUCUUUAAUAAGAACAUUGAACUUAUUAGAAAGGAGAUUAAAGACAAUGUGUCCCAGUCACAACUGGGUCAUAUUAACACAGAUACGACUGUAUAUACGGCGGAUACUGCAAAUAUCCAAAAUACUUUCUCUCGUUUUGAUGAAAUAACAUUAGAAUAAUUGUUACAACGUGUAAAUGGAAUAAAACAAACAACAUGUUUACUUGACUCACUUCCUGGGAAACUUAUCAAGGAGCUUUUUGUAUUAGUAGGUCCAUCAGUGCUAAAUAUUAUAAACUUAUCACUUUCCUCGGGCACUCUUCCCCUAGCAUUCAAAAAAGCGGUUAUUCAUCCUCUCCUUAAAAGACCCAACCUCGAUCCUGACCUCAUGGUAAACUACCGACCGGUGUCUCACCUUCCCUUUAUUUCGAAAAUCCUCGAAAAAAAUUGUUGCAGAGCAGCUAAAUGAACACUUAGCGUUUAACAAUCUAUGUGAAACCUUUCAAUCCGGUUUCAGGGCAAAUCACUCUACUGAGACAGCCCUCGCAAAAUUGACUAAUGAUCUAUUGCUAACGAUGGAUUCUGAUGCGUCAUCUAUGUUGC